AUGCCCGCACACUCCCCAAUUGCGUCUCACUUUCGCAGUAGACUGACAACCCAAGUACGGAGAGUGUUGCCGGCAUAUAUUCUCCUCGUUUUGCUUCUUGUUCUUAUUCUGAACUCUUCGUUCGUUACCGCACCCAUCCGAGCCGCGCACAAGUACAAGCGGGAGCUGAGGUAUCAGCAGCCUCUACAGUCGAGCACCACACUGAUCCCUCGCAAGAUCUGGCAGACUUGGAAGACGAGCCCACUCACAUUUGACCAAAGGGAUUCUGAUACUGCGAAAACAUGGGCGGUGCGGAAUCCUGCUCACAGAUAUGAGGUUUUGACGGACGACAACGCUGUUCAGUAUCUUGAAUGGCAUUAUGGAGUCCAUGGCCUCAACCGACCAGAUAUCGUUAGCCUUUACCGAGAACUCAACAUCACGAUUAUCAAAGCGGACCUUCUCCGCUACUUGGUCAUGUACGCGGAAGGUGGAUUGUAUGCCGAUAUCGACGUAGAAUGCCUACGACCCAUUGAUCGAUUCAUCCCCGAGCGAUAUGAUGCGCACGACGUGGAUCUCAUCAUCGGAAUAGAGAUUGACGAGCCUGCGUUCAAAUCACAUCCAGUUCUAGGAUCCAAGUGUGAGUCUUUCUGCCAAUGGACAUUCGCAGCCAAGCCUAGGUUACCCGUCAUGAUGAGACUUGUGGAGAACAUCCAAGAAUGGAUCCACGAUCUCUCGAAGCAAAAGGGCGUCUCUAUUUCAGAACUACAACUGGACUUCAAUGAGGUCAUUAGUGGAACAGGUCCAUCCGCAUUUACAAAAGCUAUUCUGGAGCAGAUGACUGCGCAAAACCAUGGAAAGCCAGUGACAUGGGAUACAUUCCACAACCUGGCUGAAUCAAAGUUGAUCAACGGCAUACUAGUACUCAAUGUCGAAGCUUUCGCAGCUGGGCAAGGACACUCUGAUUCCGGAAACCAUGACUCACGGGGUGCGCUGGUCAAGCACCAUUAUCACGCCUCAGGGUGGCCUACCUUGCACCCUCGUCUCAACCAUCCCAUGUACGGUGAGGUUGAGAAGUGUAACUGGAAGCCUGAAUGUGUUGCUGAAUGGGAUAAAAAUGUGGCUGAAUGGGAUACCCUUCCCAAAGAAGAACAAGACAAGCGACUUGCCAGUAAGCCAUCCUGA